AUGGACACCAACGACCGCGAGAGAACAGCGCACUCCAACAGCCAGGCAGGCAGGGCCAUCCGCGGCCCGCAGAGUGCGCUGACCGACUACCUGCAGGAAAUCGGCGUCAGCGACCACUUCCGCGAGCGGCGGCGGCAGGAGGCAGAGGAGCGGCGGCGGCAGGCCGAGGAGGCAGCAGCCCUGCGUGAGCAACAGGCCGCAGCAGCAGCACCCGCCGAGCAGCCUGACAAGAGCCAGGAAGAGGACGCAGAAGAGGAGGCAGCAGUGGCCGAGUCCAGCAGGGCAGCGCAGCGCCGGGUGCAGCCGAAGCGGACAGCAAAGAAGAAAAAGAAGAACGACUCAUAUGACUCUGGCGAGGACGAGGCAGACUAUCGGGCGGGGCUGAACAAGAGCUCAGCACGCAAAGGCGGGCAUUUCCAGCGGUGCGAAAUCUGCGACAAGCAGUUUCUCAUGCGCGCCGACUAUGCCUUGGCACGGCUUCUGUGUCCGGCCUGCCGCAAAUCAGUGGACAAGGCCGCGCAGCCGGCGAAAAAGCCCGCAGCUAGAAAGCGUCUGGCAGAGCCGAAGCCUCCGGUGACCAAGCGCAAGCGCAUGCGUAAGACAGCCGACGGACUGCUGGAGCUCGACCAGCGGCUGCCGUCGCUGCAGGAUCUGUGUGUGCGGGCAAUCGCCAGGAACAUCGAUCAGGUCGAGUCCUUCGGUGAUGUGUCGGAGGCCGUGACGCUGAAGAUGUGUCGGAUUGUCAGCAAAAUGCGUCUUUUGGACGAGCAGACGCUGGGGCUGUUUCUGGGCCGCACGCGCACAUCUGUGACUCUGUAUGACUGCGCCAAACUGUCCGACCACAGUCUGGGCCGCCUGCUCGACUGCCCAAGUAUCGACUCUUUGUACUUGGGUAUGUGCGGCCGUCUGACAGGAGCGCGCCUUCUCGACUUUGCCAACCGCCUGCCCAGCCUCAGCUCGCUGACUCUCGAGGGUGCAUUUCUAAUCGACGACGACAUGUUUGCUGAGUUUUUCCGCAUCUGCGGCAACCGCCUGCGCGUGUUCCAUGUGCGGUGGGCUGGAUUUGGCGAAAAAGCCAUGCGGGCGCUGGUGGUGAACUGCGGCGGGCUGGAGGACCUGGAGAUCGCCGAGUGCACCAAUUUCAACGACGCCUGCCUGGCCAUGCUGGCGCCCCCCGUCGAGCAGUCCGAGAUUGACCUGCAGAACGUCGCCCGCGCUCUGCGCGCACAGCUGCGCGGCAAGAGCUCCGGGGAUAUGGCUGUGCCGCCGUGGCGUGCGCUGCCACUGCAGCACUUGGCGCUGUCACGCCCCCACCACGCGAUGGACCACAAGACCACCAUGCGCGUGAUCGAGACUGUGGGCCCGGGGCUGGUCUCCUUGGAUGUCUCUGGCUUCAAGGAUAUCACCGACGAGUUCGUCACCGCCGGACUGCACAAGCACUGCUUGAAUCUGCGCGAAUUGGUGAUGGACGAAUGCCUGGAAAUCACGGGCGCCGGCCUAGCCCAGUACUUUGCCAACCUGCGUGCUGCCAGAACUGGCCGGGCUGGCGAGAGCCUGGAGUGCGUCAGCCUGGAGCGCUGCUACCGGCUGACCGUAGAGGCUGUGCAGGAGCUAGUGCGCAGUGCUGGCAGCUCGCUGCGCAAGCUGAAUCUGAACUCGGCCGACGACAGCAUGACCAAAUGGGGGCUGCUGGCGCUGGCUGGCCGCAUGUACGACAAGGAGGGCGUCUUGGUUGAUUUGUCGUGGGUGCGCUGCACCACCGAUUUGGUGUUGGAGGAUAUUUUGUCGUGCUGCCCACGGAUUGAGACUGUGCGUGUGUACGGGUGCCCGCACGUGACGCAAUUCGCCCCCACCCGCCCCGGCCUCAAGUACAUUGGCCGCGAGAGCGAUACCCUCUGA